CGGCUCACUCUGCCCCACAGAGAGCUCAACCCUACCACUCUGGUGCUAAGCCGAAGAGGGAUACCACGUCUCAAACUCUGAGACUCUGAGGAUUUUUUUUCUUCCUCAAGAGAAGGGAGGAACUUUUUUUCAUAAAGAAUGGGAGACUAUGAUGAAGACACUGCAUUCCUCGGACAGACUGGUCCUUAUUUUUGGACCACAUUCUUCCUCCUAAACACAGUUUUUGUCUCAACUGGAUUCAACGGACUUUACAUUGUCUUUGUUGGGGCAGCUCCGAAACACCACUGCCUCAUUCCAGACAUUAACUUGACUGAGGAGUGGAGAAAUGCCAUCAUUCCAUUGACGAUAGUGGAUGGUGAGGAGGUGCAGAAUCAGUGCAGCAGAUAUAGGCUGGAUGUGGUGAGAAAUCUCUCCGCCAAAGGAUAUAUUCCUGGAACGGACGUCAUCCUACCUAACUUGGAGCAGGAGGGAUGCUUAGAUGGAUGGACCUACAGCAAAGAGAUCUACCAAGCCAACAUAGUCACUGAGUGGGACCUUGUUUGUGACAACCAGUGGAAAGUUCCCUUUGCAUCCUCAACUCUCUUUGUGGGAUACCUCGUUGGGUCCCUAAUCUCAGGGCAGCUUUCUGACAGGUUUGGGAGGAAGAAGGUUGUUUUCAUCUCUCUUGCGGCCCAGUGCAUCUCAGUCCUGCUUCAGUCCUUCUCUCAUUCAUGGCGGAUGUUCUGCAUUAUGUUCCUCUUUGUUGGAGCCUCCCAGAUUUCCCUCUAUAUAUCUGCAUUUGUACUAGGAACGGAGGUGUUAAGUAAAACAAUGCGAGUGGUCUUCACAACUCUCGGGGCCUUUCUUUUUUAUUGCCUUGGUUACAUGACACUACCCUGGAUUGCAUAUGGCAUUAGAGAAUGGAGGACUCUUCUUGCCGUUCUGUCCACCACUUCUGUGGUCUACAUCCCACUGUGGUGGUUCAUCCCGGAGUCUCCUCGAUGGCUGAUAACUCAGGGAAGAGUAAAGGAGGCUGAGGCCAUAGUCAGAGAUGCUGCAAGGAAAAAUAAAGUUGAGGCACCAACUGUAAUUUUUAAAGAGGCUGAGGCAGUGUCUCCAGUCAGGACAUAUACCAUGCUUGAUAUUCUGAAAUCCAAGAACAUCAGAUGCAUCACACUGAUGUGUCUCCUUUUGUGGAUGGCAAUAAACAUUGGGUAUUUUGGAUUAUCCCUGAAUACUUCCAACUUGAGUGGCAACCCCUUCAUGAACUGUUUUUUAUCAGCUACUAGUGAGGUCCCUGCCUACAUUGUUUCUACUUGGCUGCUAAGGAAAUGUCCAAGAAGAGCACUUCUGUCAUCAUUCCUUAUCAUUGGAGGAGGAGUUCUUCUUCUCAUCCAGUUCAUCCCUGAUUCCCUUCAGUAUGUUGCUCUGGCACUGGAAAUGACUGGGAAGUUUGGCUUCACCAUGGCCUUCAGCAUCGUCUACAUCUACACCGCUGAGAUUUACCCCACUGUACUCAGGAAUGUUGGCAUGGGAGUGUGCUCCUCUGCUGCACGCAUUGGCAGUAUCACAGCUCCUUAUGUCAUCUAUUUAGGUACUUAUAAUAAGGUUCUGCCUUAUAUUCUCAUGGGAAGUCUCACAAUUGCCUCCUCUGUGGUGAACUUAUUCCUUCCAGAGACCCUCAAUAGAGAUCUUCCAGAAACAAUGGAGCAGAUGCAAGACUGUCAAGGGUGGUGCAAUGUAUCCAAAAAGAAGAAAUCUGUUCAAAAUGGAGGAGGGGGCAACCCAUCCAUACAUGAGGUCAAAUCUGAUGUGCAAACCCUUACUCUUUAGUUUUUCUCAGCCCUGAUUCACUGAUUCACAAGACAGACAGAAAGAACAGUUCUCUUGCUUGAAAGUAAUAUGAAAUCUGAAAAUAAAAUCCAAAACAUGCACAGUGGGAUGCAAAGGUCCACUGUCAAGAUUUUUAUCUUCUUUUUUUAAACUCUUUUUUUUUUUACUCAGGUGAUGCCUGCUACAGUAAUUCAAGAAUUUUUUUUUGGUCUUAAAAGUUUUGUAUGAAAUUGAAAAACAUGUCUCAUUGGUCUAUAAUUUUUGACACACAAUACAAGUAAUUCAAAUCGGAAGAUAUAAACCCUUUUAAUGUACAGUAUGAGGUGUUUUUAUCUUUUAACAAAAUCUUCCAGAAAUAAAAUGGUUCUGUGUAAUCAUUGUUGCUCUGAGUCAAAAGAAGCCACAGUAGGUUAGCUUAGCUUAGCAUAAAGACUGGAAACAGCUAGCAUGGAUCUGUCCAAAGAUAAUAAAAUCCCUCUACUGCUAUAUCUUGUUUGUUUAACAUUUAUAUACAGUACUUACAACACAA